CAGGCUUGGCGGCAUAAUUAAGGCGAACAUUGCAGUUUGAGUUGGAAACCACCUCGUUCAUUCGGGCAGGAACCAGCAGGAUACAUGCACACCCGGGCAGUCUUCUGUUGCUGAUAUAAUAAUGUCGCUGCUCUUCACCUCCCGAGCUCUUCGUCUCACCAGCACAACAACCAGACCAGCGGCUCGCUCCUCAACCCAGAUCUACCGCACACGCUUUCGCACAAGGCACAUCUCGCCCUUGCAGACAACGAUUCGCACCCUCGCCAUCAAGCUGCCGAACAUGGCUGCCAAUAUCCCCCUCGCCACGCUGGGCGCAAAUCCUGAAGUCGCUAAGAAAAUCCAAGACCUCCUCCUCCCGGAAUAUGACCUGGUUCACAUAUGCCUGAAUCUCGACAGCGCCAUCGCCGAGCUCCCAGGUGUCUGUGCCGGCGGCGCCAACGCAGCAAGCCUUCUUCCUUCCUCCGGCCUGGGCAGCAACGUCUCCCGCCCGGCGGCCGAGCGCAAGGUGCCGCGCGGUAUCAUCUUUGGCGCCGGGAUCUCGGACGGCGAUCUCGCGCGGGUGAUGGACGCAGUGAAGAAGGACGCGCCCGAGACCAAAGUGGUGCGAGUCACGAGGGAGGCCAUCCUGGCCAAGGGGGCGCAGACGCCCAGUCCGGAGAUAAUUACGAAGGUCUUGAGGGAAAUACUCGCCGCAAUGGUGGAGAAGGGGGAGCUAUGAUCCGCUGGCUUUACAGGGAAAGUGGCCGUUUUAAUUAUGCGCUCUGCUUCCUAGCUAGAUAGGUACUAGGAAAGCUCACAUCAUUGCAAGGAGCUUGACCCGGUGCCUUAGAAUUUGAUUAUCUGUAUUAUCAGAAAGGAUCAUGUUUCCUCUGUAAGCAAAGACGAUACCCUACCAGAUUCUACCCACUAAUUACAGUAUCACUG